AUGAAGUCGCUUGUGUUUGCUCUCCUUCUCUUGAAUCUCUUCACGGAGGCUGAAAGUAGGUGUCGGUUAUCAGUCACAUUACUUUACAGAUUUGUCGGCCUCGGUCGAUAUCCAUAAGGCUGGUGACAAAGAGCCUGGAGAGAAGAUCGGGACUCUCGAACUGACUCAAGAUGGCGACAAGUUGAAGGUAACAGCGCUUGUUUACUGAAUUUUGAUUGAUUUUGUUGUUCUUUGGUUCUUUUUACAGGAAAUUUUUGUUUUUUAAAGUUGAUUUUAAACUGAUUUUUGGAAAUUUUUUUACUAACUUUUAAUUUUAACUGAUUUGGAAUGAUCAUAUCAGACGUUUUUUAAAAACUUAAAAGUCGGUAACAUUUAAAUAUACUUUUAGAUCACUGGAAAGCUGACUGGAUUACCUCAAGGCAAACAUGGCUUCCACGUGCAUGAGAAGUCGGACCUUACUAACAAGUGCUUGAACACUGGAGGCCAUUUCAAUCCCUUCAAAAAGAACCAUGGAGCUCCAACUGACACUGAGCGACAUGUCGGUGACUUUGGCAAUCUUGAUGUUGGAGUAGGUUUAAUCUUACGAGUUAAAACAUUAUUUUUAUUUUUCUUAAACUUGUUGGAUUGUUUCGGUUAUUUUUAUUAUUAUUAUUAAUUGCACUAUAUUCCACUAUGUAGUCGUUAAAACGUUUUGAAUCACACCGUAAAAAACCUUUGAAAGCUUUGAAAUUAGUUGCAAAGUACAUUAAACGUCACAAUCAUCGGAUUAUGAAUAAUAUAGCAUCAAGGUCAAGUUCAAAUUUAAUGUACUGUUUUUUAAAUUGCAAAUUUUUAGUUUUUUUAUUGCGUUUUACGAAAUUUUUAGUUUAAUUUUUGAUAUUUUAAAAAUAACGUCAACUUUUCGGGUUUUACAAAAAAUUUGUACACAUUUUUCAAAUUUUAUUGACCUUUUACACAAUUUUUUAAUAAUUUAGGUAGAUUUUACUUUAUUUUUAACUCCUAGAGAACCGUACCAGAUGUAAAUCGACUUUCCACUUGGGGCGCUUCCUUAGUUAAAAGUAAUUUUAAAGUUCAAAAAGCAAAUUCUUAUCAAUAAUUUUACUUCACCGACCAAUAAUGUCAAUUUAAGGCCGAUGGCACAGUAACCCUCAACUUCGAAGACCACUUGGCUAGCCUUCAGGGCGAGACUAACGUUCUCAACCAUGCCGUAGUCAUCCACGAGAAGGCUGACGACCUCGGCAAAGGUGGAGAUGAAGGCAGUUUGAAGACUGGAAACGCUGGAGCUCGAAUUGCCUGCGGCCUUAUCGGUAGAAAAUGAAAUUUCCGAAACCGCUUGCUUCUCUUUCUGUCGCUCUUUCCCUGCACUUUUGCAUUUGAAACUUUGAAACGUUUUUAGCUUCUGGAACUGGAAGUGUUAUCGUAUCCCUCGGACUGAUUGGCCUCUUCUUAACAAUGUACAAACUCUGA